CCCUCAAAACGUGAGAGAAGGAGGACGCACGUUCGCCUCGCUCCUCAGUGGCCUCCUAUAAGUGGGCGUUAUUUACUUAUAAUACUUAACGGAUUCGUAUUGAAGAGGUUCAGAGUAUAGAAGUGAACCCCGCUGUAGUGACCGUGUGUACCUGGCUCACUUACAAACCCGAUUCAAAGCUUUUAAUGGAAGGACGACUUAUAGGCGAAGAAAACGAAAUUGGUGUGUCUUCGGUCAUAGGAGGCCUAGUCACCGGGCGAACUCUCAACGGCCAUGCCUUCCAGAACCCUCCAGUAGAGUAUGCCCGGGGCUACCCACGACCCCAAAACCCUAACCCCCCCUUAAACGGUAACCUUGACCCCCUACACCCCCCCUAUGGACGAAAUCCCGACCCUGCCCGCGGUUAUCCCAGACCCCAAAACGGAGACAACCCCCCCUUAAGGAACCCCGACCCUGCCCGCGGAUUUCCAAGACCCCCAGUCCCAUUCAACCACCCCUUAGAUGCCCCCCUGGACGCCCCCCACGACCACUAUGAGGAGCCCUCGCCCCCCCCACCUCCUGGAGGCGAGUGCUGGGCUGUGGUUUUCGCUCCUGACGGCUCGCGGUUGGCGUGGUCAUGUGGAUAUCGUAAGGUGGUCAUACUCCCCUGGAACAGAUACAAAAACUGCCUCCUGAGCCAGGACAGCCUUGACCCUCGCGGCGUCCCACUUUCCGCUGAGAGAGUCAACCUGGACGCUGGCUUCCCCGUGACCAGUCUUGCAUUUGGAACUGGGAUACCCGAGCAGGAACUUAAGGUCAAACGCGACUACUGGAUCCGAUUCGACUACACGAAGGAUUUGAUCUUAGCUUCGGGUCACGCCAACGGCAGGAUACGCAUCUGGGAUCCUUAUAACGGGAAGCUGCUCCUGGAACUUACGGACCACACCAAGCCUGUAACGGACUUGGCCUUCGCCCCUGAUGGCUCACUUAGGCUCUCCUCUGCCUCCCGCGAUGGUACUAUCAAGGUCUGGGACAUGUCUGACGAUGGCAACAUGUUCAAGACUCUCCGGGAACACGCGGCCCCAGUUCGAGCCCUCGCGUGGUCACCCGAUGCGGCCAUGUUGGUUUCUGCCGGGGACAAGCAGAAGGUACUACUCUGGGACAUGGUGGGCUACAAGCUGGCGCGUCGUCUGAGCGGGCAUUUCAACACUGUCCUAUCCUGCUGCUUCUCCCCCGAUGGAGCCCUGGUGGCCACUGCUUCCAGGGACACAAGAGUCAUUGUAUGGGACCCCAACACAGGGACGCAGCUAAGGGUCUUCCACCACCUCCUCCCCCCCCCUGGCGUGAUUUAUAUGUCGGGAGCCAAUUCCUCGGCAGCUUUUGAUGUCUCGAUCUCGCCCACUGGGGUACAUCUUGUCUCAAUUUGCAGUGACGGGUUCCUGAGAUUCUGGGACUUAACAACGGACAGUGACCAACCGGUGUCUGAGGGCCGGGUGCUUCAAGGGGAUACAAUGUUAACCUGUACCUUCUCACCACUUGGAGGGGCUGUCUGUGUUGGGCACGAAAGCGGGAGUCUCCUCUUCUACUCCGCACCAACGCACAUUCCCUCGCUGCUCCACCUCUCCAGACUCUCCCUCCGCAAGGCCGUCUCCUCCCCCUCCUCCCUCCCACUCCUCCCCCUCCCCCCCGCCCUCCUCCCCUACCUCACCUACAGGAGGCUCUGAGGAGGAGGAGGAAGAAGAGGAGGAAGAGGAAGAUUGUCAUAGUUUAUUAUUGUCAUAUUAUUAUUAUUUUGGGGCCAAUCAUUAGAGGAGAGAGAGAGAGAGAGAGAGAGAGAGAGAGAGAGAGAGAGAGAGAGAGAGAGAGAGAGAGAGAGAGAAUUAAGAAGAAAAAAAAAGUAAUUUUAAUAACUCGGAAAGUGCCAUUUAUACAGUGCCAUUAGAGAGAGAGAGAGAGAGAGAGAGAGAGUGCCAGAGAGCCAUAGCCUUCGCCAAAACACACACACACACACACACACACACACACACACACACACACACACACGUUGCCCUCAAAUGCUGCAAUGCUCUUAAUUUCAACUGCCAUUAUCUCAGGUGUUAGGGGAGUUAGGAACAUGAGAUUCUAACACAAGAUGCUCCUAACACUCACCCACAACACCUAUAACUGGCAGUGCUCACAACCUUAUAGCUCCGGAGAUACUUACAAUUUUAUGAACACUUUGAAAAAAUAUGUAGCAUGUCGAAUUCACUGCCUCUAUGUGUGUGUGUGUGUGUGUACAUAUGUAGGUUUAAGAGAUAGACUGUGUGUGUACCAUUUAUAUGCUCAAUAAAAUCUACUACUAUUA